AUGGCGCUCUCGGCCUUUAAAGAAGACGAUUACAAAGCACUGCAGAAAUUCGGCGCCAAGGUACGAGGGGUAGUGUGCACGUUGAAGUACGGCGGUUACGAUUCUCAACUGGGAUGCUUUGCCAUCAUCCAACAACUUGCUGCUAAACUUCCCAUCAGCCUCCGCAAGAGUUGGGGAAAGAAGAGCUGGAGUCUCCAGCCGAGACUCCCAACGCUUGUCGACUUUGACGAUUGGCUAGAUGAGUCAUACAUGGAAGAGUCGAGAGCGCAAACAUCGGCACCGAGGGAUAGUAGCAGAGACAAACAGUAUCGUGAUCGUCACGCCGUCUUCAAUAUAUCUCCCGAUGAAACAAACGUAGCAAAUGGCUGUCCAGCAGGAUGUAAAGAAUCCCAUCAACUCGAUCACUGCCAACGCUUCAAGGACUUAACUCCCGAAAAACGAGCCCAGCUCAUCAAAGGAAAAAGACUUUGCUUUCGAUGUCUAAAGGGAGGCCAUCGAAGUAUUGAGUGCGGCCAAUACAAGAACUGUCCGAUUUAA